AUUAGUAGCGUGGCGGUGGCGCUGCCGUUUCCUGCAGCAGUCCCACCCCCACCCUCCUCGUCCUCGCAUCCCACCCCAUCGCGCCGCUCCCGACGAGAGCCAGGAGGAGGUGGCGGCGGCGCCGCGAGGAAGGAAGGGAUCGAUCGAGGAUGGUGGACGUCUCGCGCGUGCAGAAGGAGCUCACCGAGUGCAACCGCGACCGGGAGGUGUCGGGCGUCUCCAUCGCGCUCCACGACGGCGCCAACAUCUCCCACCUCACCGGCACCAUCGCCGGGCCCGCUGACAGCCCCUACGAGGGCGGCACCUUCGUCAUCGACAUCCGCCUCCCCGGUGGAUAUCCCUUUGAGCCUCCGAAGAUGCAGUUUGUCACCAAAGUAUGGCAUCCUAACAUCAGCAGCCAAAAUGGAGCAAUUUGCUUGGAUAUUCUGAAAGAUCAGUGGAGCCCAGCCCUUACCUUGAAGACGGCACUCCUUUCCCUUCAAGCUCUGCUUUCUUCUCCUGCACCUGAUGAUCCUCAGGAUGCUGUUGUUGCACAACAGUACCUGCGUGACUAUCCAACAUUUGCUGCUACGGCUCGCUACUGGACAGAGGCCUUCGCAAAGAGUGCGUCAACUGGCAUGGAAGAGAAGGUGCAGAAGCUGGUUGAGAUGGGCUUCCCAGAGGACCUGGUGAGAAGUACCCUGAAGAGUGUGGAUGGCGAUGAGAACAUGGCUCUUGAAAAGCUCUGCUCUGGGUGAACCAUCUGGCCAGUACAUGAGCUGUAAAUUGCAUCCCCAUUGAUUAUAUAAUAUAAGAACACAAUGCCUGCUAAUGCUCCUGCUCAGCCAUUUCAGUGUGGCCAUUUUAUUAAGACAAUAUAUAUAGGGGAGGUCGUGCCAUGGCCCAUGGGACUCGAGUGAAAUUCGACUUCUUCAGAGUUCGUUCGCUUUGUUUGCUUUUCUUUUUCUCAACUUUUGCUUUUGUGUCUGGUAGCCUGAAUCAUCAACUCUUUGCCCAUGGAACUCUGGUAAUAUCUGAUGCAAAAGAAACAUCAGAUUGACAUAAACCCCUUGCAACCUGGAUGUGAUGGCCUGAUGGAUAACAUCUCAUAUUUGAUUCUCAUGUUAAUGAUGGUGGUU